UAAAGGGAAUAAAAUCCUUAUUUAUAAGAGGGAAACAAAGUAGUCGGGAUCAGUUUAAACUUAUACCGGCGGUUGCUUUGAGAGCCCAGCCGUUGGCAUGGAUGAGCCGCUUGCGCUGCCUCGGUGUCUUUCACAGGUUUUGUUUAUGGAGUAACCCAUCUGCGGGUGGCUGCGCCCCGGAGCGCCUGGCCGCCGGAGCCGGGUGUCGGUGCGAGCUGGGGCUGCUUUUCGGGGAGCUCAUACGAUCCUGAGCCGCUUUACUUUCGGAUCCCCGAAAGAGCGGCGCCGGGCCGCCAUGUCGGAGGAGGUCGUCCGUCAGACGCGGAGCCAGAAGCGGGCCCUGGAACGGGACGGACCGCCAGGACAGCAGGAUGGCAAGAAAGCACGGCUGGAGAGGGGCGCUGAUGCUGGUGGGGAGGUAAAGGCUACCAUCAAGGUGGAGGUGCAGGCCAAGGAUCAGCCUGUCGACAUGAGCACCACCAAAGGUGAUGUAAAACAGGAGAGGAACUCUCCGUCUCCGGACGUCAUCGUGCUGUCGGACAACGAGCCGUCCAGCCCGCGUGUCAACGGGAUGAACCACAUUGGCAAGGGCAUGGACACCGAGCUGCUGAUGAGGAGCACCCCCAAGGAGCGGGAGCGCAUUAUCAAGCAGCUGAAGGAGGAGCUUCGGUUAGAGGAAGCUCGGUUGGUGCUACUGAAGAAGCUGAGGCAGAGUCAGAUCCAGAAGGAGAGCACUGCACCCAAGACAACAGGGCCCUCGGUGGCAACACCGCCCCCACUGGUCAGAGGCAGCAUGGCGACAACCAAAGGGUCCCUCCAGCUGGUGUCUGGCCGCACUUCAGGGACGGUCAUCCCCCCUCCGCUCGUGCGGGGCGGCCAGCAAGUCUCCUCCAAGCUGGGCCUGUCCGGCACCCAGAUCGUCAUGCCGCCUCUGGUCCGAGGGGCGCAGGUGCAUGGCCAGCGGCAGCAGCAGCAGCAGCAUGCGACGUCGGGACCCCCGCCCCUACUGCUGGCCCCCCGUGCCACCGUGCCCAGUGUGCAGAUCCAGGGCCAGAGGAUCAUCCAGCAGGGCCUCAUCCGCGUGGCCAACGUGCCCAGUGCCAGCGUGCUGGUCAACAUCCCACAGGCCACCCCCACCAGUCUGAAGGGCUCGACCCUGACCUCCCAAGCGGGCACAGGUGUGGGGGGCGCUACGGACUCCCCCGCAAGCCGGCAGGCGGCCGCCAAGCUGGCACUGCGAAAGCAGCUGGAGAAGGCCCUACUGGAGAUCCCGCCCCCAAAGCCAGCUGCGCCCGACCUCAACUUCCUGCCCUCCGCCGCCAACAAUGAGUUCAUCUACCUGGUGGGGCUGGAAGAGGUGGUGCAGAACCUGCUAGAAACACUGGGCAAGUCGCCGACAACACCCGUGUCAGCUGUCGCUAAGGAGCCAUACACCUGUGCCCAGUGCAAGACGGACUUCACGUGCCGCUGGAGGCAAGAGAAGAGUGGCUCCAUCCUGUGUGAGCAAUGUAUGGCCUCCAACCAGAAGAGGGCGCUCAAGGCAGAGCAUACAAGUCGGUUGAAGGCCGCCUUCGUCAAGGCCCUGCAGCAGGAGCAGGAGAUGGAGCAGCGGAUCCUCCAGCAGCAGGCGGCCUCUCCCACGUCCCACCCCAUCUCCACUUCUUCCUCCACACCCUCAUCUUCCUCUUCCUCAGCAAUGAAGGUCGACCCACAGGCCCUGGUGGCCCAGCAGAUGAAGCAGGCACGCAACUCCUCCCUCCACAGCCGAGGGGUGCCGAUUGAACGACAGCACUCAAACAUAAAACAGAGCACUGGGCAGCUUUCCCGCGUGGUGCAGCCGGCUACCACGAGGGGCGUCGCCCACACGUUCCCCUCCUCCUCACAGCUGCAGAGUGCCGUCGCCGCGGCAGCGCUGGUUGGCACGCCAGGUAAGCAUGCCGCGCGUGCUGGGACAAAAGCCGCCGGCAGCAGAGGCAGCCCCUCUGCCGGUACCUGGAGGAAGCAGAGAGCCCUGAGCACAGGUGUCACCAUGGCCUACGUGAACCCCAGCCUCUCUAUGCACAAGGCCUCGUCGGCUGUGGAGCGUCAGAGAGAGUACCUCCUGGACAUGAUUCCCUCUCGUUCAAUUUCCCAGACCGCCAAUACAUGGAAGUAACCCCAGUGCCCCUGUUAUUUGACACAACCCACCCUGCUUCUCUUAAUCAAGGCAAAAAUAAUAAAUCUUUUUAAGGUACCUGACCUCUGACACGCUUGUUUCUGAUUCUGUUGAGUCCUGGGUAGGGGAGAUAUGAUAACCUAGCACUAGGUUGGGAGAGCGGGGAGUGGGACAGAGCUCACAGCACCCUGAGAGGAAGUGCUUAAAGGACCUGCUCGCUUUUCCCGCCUGUGGCCUUCCGCACGGCCUCCCCGGCAAUUCCGUCGCAUUGUGAUGAUGUCAUCAGGAUGCUGCAGGGAUGUCUAUUGGAAGUAGGAAGUGCUACAAGAGGUCUGAUUCUGUGGAUGGACUAGCAGGCACUGGGGUUAGGGCUUUGCGGAACUAUCUUUUACCGGAUACUAAACUGAUUUAACAUUCAACUCUGAGGGAAAGAGGUGACUCAAAGCCAAACGCCCUGGAAACAUGGGCUAUUGUGAAUAGCUAAUUUUAGUGCUGUUUUAGAUGCAAAACUUUAUAUGCAAUAUUUUUCUGAACUGUUCUUGUGGAACUGGACAAAAGUUACGACAAGCUGGGCAGCUGGUUGUACAUCUGCUGGUUUGGAAGUGACUUAAAAUCUGGACUCUUAAGUGAAAGCGGAGUUUCACACUGUGAAGUCGGGAGAGCCAGAGGGUAAAACACAGACUGCAUGAUUAAAAUUCUUACUGCUAGAACUGGUAAACCUUUUAUUCCCAAAAACAUGCUUGUGUGCGUGUGCGUUCAUUUUUUCCCCCUCCACCUUUCCCACCCACCCGCAGCAUAUAACUGAGCAGUUAGACACAUUUUGCUGAAUAAACCUACAUACAUCUAUAUAGACAACUGGAACAAAUAAUAUGUACCAAUUUAAGGAUAUAAGUCUUUUUUUUUUUUUUUUUUUUUUUUUUAAUCUGAUCAUUACAUUUUGAAUGUGACUGCAUUUUUCUCCCCAUGCAUAAGUUGAGUGUUGGGUUCGUUCUCGCACCGCUUCCGUCAUUAUUGUUUUAGGAGCUCAAAUAACAGGGUAAAGAUUAUCUGUUCAGCAUGACAGCAGCAUGUUUCAUGUUCUGCUCAGUUGGCCGAAUAGUAACCAGAAUAGUACAUUUUGCUCACUGGCCUUGCGGGAGAACUGGGGGCAUUUCUGUGAGGACAGAAAAAAAUGAAUAAAACAACAGCCGCGGUUUAAAGAGGUUUUGUGAUGAAACCUGCUGAAGUCGAUCUUUUUUUUUAUGCACACUUGCUAACGGCACAGAGAGCCACCUGUGAAUGUGAUGUCAUGUCAUAUUCAGGAUUCUCACCUUGACUGGUCUGUGUAUAAAUGAAUGCACAUACACAUAGAGGUGCAGUUUUGUUGAUGCGCACUGCAAUCCCCCAUCCCCCUUCUAUAGCAGGUUACAUUGCCCCCCUCUUCUCUGUAUGGUUGUGUCUUUCUGAUGGCUUCUGUUUUAGCCCCUCCUGUUCCGUUCUCACUGUCGCCCCCUACCUGCAGCUCGGGACACACACAGCUGCCUGUGACCCCUGACCAGGGGGCCUAUCCUUCGCUUAUGGCAAAGCAGUGUAAAUCGGCACCGUGCCUUCACCUUUUGGCAUUGUUUAGUUACAGUUUAAUUGGUUUCAUGUUUAAUGUCCCCUUUGCUCUGUGAGUAAACAUUUCUAACCCAUGCAUUUUCCAUGUGUGAAUAUCACUGUUUAGAUACAAAUUGUUUCGGUUUCGUCUUACUUUGCUGUAGGUCUACUAUAUCAAUUUAGAAUUUUGAUUACUUUGGGUAAUUUCUGUAAAUGUCUUCUCUGUGUUUGAGACGUAAAUGGGUUUGUUAGCUAAAUAAAUGAUGAACCUUG